AUGUCAAAUAGCACAUAACAGAAUAAAAAUAUAACCUUACGACUUCAGGCUUACCUAUUAUAUUAAGUGUUUAUUUAUGUUUUCUGUUACAGCAGCCGUAGCUUACAUUUUAAAAGUGAUUUCUUCUUAUGCAUUAACCUUUAAAAGGUUAAUUUUAAUGCGUAAAGAAUGUCUUUCUUUUAGCUAUUAAUAUUAUUUAACUAAAAAUGUCUAAUCAAGUGACCGCCUUCGUCGCGGGAUUAAAAUCUAGAAAUGUGGAUAUUCAGACAAAAACGGCACGCGAACUAUACCAUUUUGCUAAAACUGAACUUCGCGAAGUACCCCAAGAAGAGCUUACUCAAUUUCUGGAUGAAUUUAAUCAUCAAAUAUUCGAAAUGGUUUCUAGUAAUGAUGUCCAUGAGAAAAAGGGUGGAGUGCUGGCUAUAGUCUGCCUUAUUGGAGGUGAUUGCGAUACUACUAAAACAAGAAUCACAAGAUUUGCUAAUUACUUGAGAAACUUAUUACCUUCCUCUGAUGUGGGUGUAAUGGAACUAGCUGCUAAAACAGUAGGCCGUCUAGCUACUGUUUCUGGAGUAAAAAGAGCUGAGUAUGUAGAGUUUGAAGUUAAAAGGGCUUUUGAAUGGUUGUCAGAGGAGAGAAAUGAGGGUAGGCGCCAUUCAGCUGUAUUAUUGUUAAAAGAAAUGGCUAUAGCUAUGCCAACAUACUUUUAUCAACAAGUCUCAGGUUUUUUUGAUCAUAUUUUAAUUGCUUUGAAAGAUCCUAAACAGCAAAUUAGGGAAGCGGCUGCAAAAGCUCUAAGAGCUGGCUUAGUAGUAACAGCCCAAAGAGAAACAGCAAAGCAAUCCACUGCUAAACCUCAGUGGUAUAUGCAAUGUUAUGAAGACGCCAUGUCUUCAUUUGAAGAAAUACCUAUAAAAGAAAAGGGAAUCACAAAAGAAGAUAGAGUUCACGGUGGUCUUCUUAUCCUUAAUGAGCUGUUAAGAUGUUCAAAUGCUGCAUGGGAAAAAAAGUAUACAUAUCUUAUGCGCAGUCUCGAUACACAAAAAGACAUCACUGUGUCAGAUGAUAUUAUUUUUAUUAGCUCCAAGCUACAUAGUCCAUCUGUAAAAAGAGGCUACUUGUGUGAUGGGUUCAAAACUGAAAAUGUUCAGUAUCCGGUUCCCAUAUAUGAGUCAGAAGUUUGUAAGAAAUUGUUAACUGAAAAAAUAGAAAGGACUUGUCAAGAUGUGAUGUCUCAGAGACUUCUCAAAACACAAGGAGUUCCACAAAUACUUUUAAUAAUAAUUCCAAGAUUGGCAGCAUUUAAUAAAGAAUUAUUUUUAAAGAAAUAUCUCAACUCUACUAUGCAUUAUCUCAUAACAUCAAUCAAAAGUAGGGAAAAAGAUAGAAAUAUGGCAUUUACUACAUUGGGGUUGAUGGCAGCUGCUAUUGAAGGUGAUAUUAAAACUUUCAUCCCUAGAAUAAUGGAUGUGAUAAAACAAGCCUUACCAAAUACCAGAGAUACUCAGAGUAAAAAGAGAAUGUGGAUUGACCCAUCUAUAUUUGCAUGUAUAACAUUGCUCAGUAGUGCUGUAAAGGAUCUUGUUAUUAGUGACAUCAAAGAACUAUUGGAUGCAAUGUUUGCAACUGGCCUAAGUCCAUCACUAACAAUUUGCUUAAAAGAGUUGAGCCAAAACUUACCUACAUUAAAAGGAGAAAUUUCAGAAGGACUUUUAAAUAUGCUUUCUCAAGUUUUACGAAACAAGCCAUUCUUACAUCCUGGCGUACCAAGAAAUUUAGAACAACAGAGUAAUAUGAGUCUUGUAAUAGAGCUUCAAGAUACUGCAAACAUAGUUCUUGCAUUAAGAACACUUGGGACAUUCCAAUUUGAGGGUCAACAUAGUUUACUUACAUUCGUAAGACGUUGCGCCGACCACUUCUUACAAAGUGAGCAACAAGAAGUUAGAGUGGAAGCAGUAAAAACAUCGGCUAAAUUAUUAGCAGUUGCUACAGCACGAACUGUAAAAACUCCAUCUAGAACCCUAACCAUGUUAACUGCUGAAGUUGUUGGUAAAAUGUUAGUUGUAUCAGUUACAGACCCAGAUUAUGAAGUAAGGUAUUGGGUUCUGGAGUCUCUGACUAAAAUAUUUGAUACUCAUUUGGCACAAAUAGAAAAUUUAAGUUUUCUUUUCAUUGCCAUGAAUGAUGAGCAUUUGGAAAUACGAGAAUUAGCAAUUUGCACAAUUGGUCGACUUAGUAUUGUGAACCCUGCAUAUGUAAUGCCAGGACUUCGAAAAAUUUUAAUACAGUUUUUAACAGAACUAGAACAUUCGGGAAUGAGUCGAAACAAGGAACAGGCAGCCAGAAUGUUAGAUAAUCUUAUUUUGCAUGCUCCUAAACUUGUAAAACCAUAUAUGGAAACAAUCUUAAAUGUUCUUGUUCCAAAGUUAAAAGAAGCUGAUUUAAAUCCAGGAGUAGUAAUUAGUGUUUUAAAAGCUGUAGGUGAUUUGGCUGAUGUUCAUGGUGAUAAUACUGGACUCAAAAAAUGUUUACCAGAACUUUUGACAAUUCUUCUUGAUUUGCUUUCUGAUGCCAGUGCUACUGAUAAGAGAAGUGUCGCUUUGUGGGCAUUUGGACAGUUGAUAAGUGCUACGGGCCAUGUCGUUACACCAUACACUGAAUAUCCGAAUCUAAUGGAUGUUUUACUAAAUUUCUUAAAAACUGAACAACAACCUAAGGACAGGCGUGAAACAAUUCGAGUUUUGGGACUUCUUGGGGCCUUAGAUCCUUACAAACAUAAGAUGACAAGAGGUUUGAUUGAUGGUAAACCAGAUUCUAGCUUAGUACCGGUUGCUGAUAGUAAAGCUGAAGAAAACAACUUUGAUAUGACAACAAGUGAAAUGUUAGUGAACAUGUCUUCACCAGUUCUUGAUGAAUACUAUCCAGCUAUCGUUAUUUCUACCCUUAUGCGUAUCCUUCGAGAUCCAACACUCCAACAACAUCAUACAAGUGUAGUUCAAGCUGUGACGUUUAUAUUUCAAUCAUUGGGCAUAAAAUGCGUUCCAUAUAUCUCCCGCGUUACGCCAAGUCUUCUGUAUGUUGCUCGUGCGACUGAUAACAAUAAUUUUCGAGAAUUUCUUUUUACACAGUUAGCAAAGCUUAUAGCUAUUGUCAAGCAACAUAUUCGUAACUAUUUGGAUAAAAUAUUUGAUCUAAUAAAAGAGUUUUGGACUCCAAAUAGUCCUUUGCAACCUACAUUAAUAUUGCUAGUUGAACAUAUAGCUAUAGCGCUUGGAUCGGAGUUCAAAGUAUACUUGCCGCAAUUGAUGCCUCAAAUACUACGAGUUCUUGCUCACGAUACCAGUAAAGACAGAGUUGUUACAGAGAAACUCCUGUUUGCUUUACAAAAGUUUGAAGAUAAUCUUGACGAUUAUAUGCAUUUAGUUAUUCCAUCGAUUGUGAAAUUAUUUGACGCUUCUGACUGUCCUAUUCCAGUGGCUAAAGUAGCUAUGGAAACAGUCGAUUACCUAUCAGAUUCCUUGAAUUAUAGCGAACUCGUUUCUAGGAUAAUACAUCCUCUCGUAAGGAGCUUAGAUACAUGCUAUACUUUAAGAACAACGGCCAUGGAUACUUUGUGUGCUCUUAUUAUACAACUCGGAAGAAAGUACAACGAUUUUAUUCCACUUGUUCAAAAAGUCAUCGUUAAGCACAGAAUACAACAUCAGAAUUAUGAACUUUUACUUUCAAAAUUGCAGUCAAAUUCUACUUUAGCCGUUGAUGAUUUUUUGCAAAGCACUAGACGAAAACCUAGGAAUAACAAUCAAGAGGCCCGUAUAGUAGCUUGCGAUUCUUCACAGUCUAUCCGCAAACUAUAUGUUAAUGCUCAUAGCUUAAAAGUAGCUUGGACAGUCAGUAGCAGAGUGUCAAAGGAUGAUUGGCUGGAAUGGUUGCGACGUUUCAGCAUCGGACUACUUACAGAAUCACAUAGCCCAGCAUUGAGAGCUUGUCUGGCUCUUGCGCAUAAUUAUUCCCAGUUACUACGUGAUCUAUUCAACGCUGCCUUUGUUUCCUGCUGGACGGAAUUGGAUAACACAUCGCGAACAGAAUUAUCGAAUGCUUUGGAACAGGCAUUGACGGCUCCUGAUGCGCCAGAAUUAGCACACACUGUUUUAAACCUUGCCGAAUUUAUGGAACAUUGUGAAGGCGGUGCACUACCGAUUUCUACACACCUGCUCGGAGAAAGAGCUAUGCAUUGUAGAGCAUAUGCCAAAGCACUUCAUUAUAAGGAAGAAGAGUUUCGUAACGGAGCUACCUCACAGGUUGUAGAGGCUUUGAUACAUAUUAACAAUAAGUUACAACAAAAAGAAGCAGCCGAAGGCUUACUCGAACGAGUAAUGGCUCAACGCGAAGCUGAUGAUGCAAAGUUGAAAGUUCAGAUUAGAUGGUAUGAGAAAUUGCAUAAUUGGGAAAAAGCGUUGAACUUAUAUGGAGAAAAACUAGUUGGAGAUGAUGAAAACACGGAAUCAUAUCUCGGUGAAAUGCGAUGUUUUGAAGCAUUAGGUGAAUGGGUCAAACUAUACCACACAGUUUCCAAGCGCUGGGUAAAAAUGAGCGAUGACGAAAAAUUCAAAUCGGCCAGAUUAGCCGCUGCCUCUGCUUGGGGCUUAAAUGAAUGGGAUUCAAUGACUAAUUAUGUCAACUUUUUACCUGAAAAUUCGCAAGAUGGUGCUUUUUACAGAGCUGUUCUUAAUAUUCAUAAUGAAGACUAUGAUGUCUCCAAACUUUACAUCGACCAAGCACGAACUAUUUUAGAUUCUGAAUUGACUGCAGUCGCUGGAGAAAGUUAUCAGAGAGCUUACGGGGCUUUGGUAAAUGCUCAAUUACUCGCCGAAUUAGAGGAAGUCAUCACGUACAAAUUGGUUCCUGAAAGACGAGAGUCUAUUAGACAAGCUUGGUGGACAAGACUUCAAGGUGGACAAAGAUUAGUUGAAGACUGGCGCAAAAUUCUUCAAGUUCGUAGUUUAGUACUAACGCCUCAAGAAGAUAUGGCCACCUGGUUGAAAUUCGCUUCACUUUGCAGAAAAAGUGGAGCACCACGCCAGGCUCACACAACCCUAGUGAUGCUUCUCGGUAUAGAUCCAAGCAAAAAUCGUGAUAUGCCACUUCCAGCUCACGAGCCGAGAUUAACUCUCGCUUACGCAAAACAUCUGUGGGUCGCUGGUGACAAGCAACUAGCUUAUGAUCAGUUGCAGCGCUAUGUAGAGACCGUCGAUACUGGAGAUGCAGAACAAUGUCGUCUAUUAGCUCGUUGUCACUUAAAAUUGGGUUCUUGGUGUGAAUCUUUGUUAGGUAUCAAUAAACUCUCGAUUCCUGAGAUUCUGCGCAAUUACUCGGCUGCGACCAGCCUUUCGUCCGAUUGGUAUAAAGCUUGGCACGCAUGGGCCUACAUGAAUUUUGAAACUGUCCUCUUUUACAAGCAUCAAGAGGCUGAUAUGACUAACCCGGAAGAGAUCAAAGCGGCAGCGGAAUACAUACAAACUCACACAGUUCCGGCAGUUGAAGGGUUCUUUAAAUCGAUAAAUUUGUCCCAUGGUAGUUCGCUUCAAGAUACAUUGAGACUGCUCACGCUAUGGUUUGACUAUGGACACCAUCCCGCUGUUCAUGAAGCUCUCGUAGAAGGUAUAAGAACUAUUGAAAUAAAUGUGUGGCUUCAGGUCAUACCCCAACUCAUAGCACGGAUCGACACUCCAAGAGCUUUAGUAGGAAAACUUAUACACUCAUUGUUGAUAGAUAUCGGCAAAUCUCAUCCUCAAGCUCUAGUGUACCCUUUGACGGUGGCAUCGAAGUCGUCAUUCGUAGACCGCAAGAAUGCAGCUAAUCAAAUUUUAAAAUCAAUGUGUACUCAUUCAAACAACUUGGUCAAUCAAGCCGCUAUGAUAUCUGAAGAGCUGAUCAGAGUCGCUAUACUGUGGCACGAACAGUGGCAUGAAGCUUUGGAAGAAGCUUCUAGAUUAUAUUUCAGUGAACAUGACGUUAAGGCUAUGUUCAAGACCUUGGAACCUCUACACGCGAUGUUAGAGAGAGGUCCAAAAACAUUAAAAGAAAUUUCUUUUAGCCAAGCUUAUGGACGAGAUCUCAAUGAAGCCCAAGAAUGGUGCAAUCGGUUUAAGGAUUCGGGCCUUGUCCGAGAUUUAAAUCAAGCCUGGGAUCUGUACUACCACGUGUUCCGUCGCAUUAGCCGACAGCUCCCGCAACUUACGUCGCUGGAGCUGCAGUACGUGAGCCCGAAUUUGCUCAACUGCCGUGACCUGGAACUCGCCGUGCCCGGAUCGUACGUGCCCGACCAAGACCUCAUACGUAUUGCGCAUAUACAAAGCAGUCUACAGGUGAUAACAUCUAAGCAACGACCACGCCGACUCUGCAUUCGCGGCUCCAACGGCAAAGACUACAUGUUCCUCCUCAAAGGUCACGAAGAUCUACGUCAGGACGAGCGGGUAAUGCAACUGUUCGGCCUCGUCAACACCUUACUACAAGCCGAUCCCGACACCUUUAGAAGAGACCUGGCCAUACAAAGAUAUGCAGUAAUCCCUCUUUCCACUAAUUCCGGGCUGAUCGGCUGGGUCCCACACUGUGACACUCUACACUCGCUGAUAAGAGACUACAGAGAUAAAAGGAAGAUUUUGCUUAAUAUUGAACAUCGGAUUAUGCAAAGAAUGGCGUCAGAUUUGGAAAGGUUGAUGUUGAUGCAAAAGGUGGAAGUUUUCGAACAUGCACUUGAGCAUACAGCCGGGGACGACCUAGCAAAAUUGUUAUGGCUGAAGAGCCCUUCAUCGGAGGUUUGGUUCGAACGUCGCACGAACUACACGCGCUCGCUGGCAGUGAUGAGCAUGGUGGGCUACAUCCUGGGUCUAGGCGACCGUCAUCCUUCGAACAUAAUGCUCGAUAGAGUCACUGGAAAAUUUUUGCACAUUGAUUUCGGAGAUUGCUUUGAAGUAGCUGUCACGAGGGAUAAAUUUCCUGAAAAAAUACCAUUUAGGUUGACGAGGAUGCUUAUCAAUGCGAUGGAGGUAACCGGCAUCGAGGGCACGUACCGGCGCACGUGCGAGUCGGUGAUGGAGGUGCUGCACCGCCACAAGGACAGCGUGAUGGCGGUGCUGGAGGCCUUCGUGUACGACCCGCUGCUCAACUGGCGCCUCAUCGACGCGGGGCGGCGCUCGCGCGCGGACGACGCGUGCUCGGCCGACGCGUCGCCGCCCGACGCCGAGCCGCCCGCCGAGACCAACCUCAACAAGCGCGCGCUGGCCAUCGUCAACCGCGUGCGCGACAAGCUCACGGGCCGCGACUUCACGCACAUCGACGACGCCAGCGUGUCCGUGCAGAAGCAGGUCGACCUGCUCAUCCAGCAGGCCACCAGCAACGAGAACCUGUGCCAGUGCUACGUUGGCUGGUGCCCGUUUUGGUAGAAGCUACCCGCAUUGAGUCUUCUAUGAGUUCGAUUUGCUUCCUCGCGAAAAAUAUGUUAAAUUUUCACUUUAUGGUAGCUCAUGUAACGCACCUCCAAAGAAUCUAACGUCACAGAAAGAUCGCUAUGGCAGUUAAGUUUCAUGAGAACUAUAAUAAUUCUACUAUAUAGAAGAAACUCUGCUACUCAAAAAACUGUUCCUGUUACAAGUCCUUUAAU